AGGAUGAGGAACUGAAAGACAUCAAAGUUGAGGUUAAAGAGGAAGAAGAAAAGACAUUGGUGAGUGGAGAUCAGAAGUCUAUGGAGGAGGGGGAGAUGAUUAUGAAAAUUAAACAGGAGGAAUCUUCUCUACUAAUAGACACAGAUGGACACUACACUCAGAACCGGACCAUCUCUGAGGGACAUUUCAUCGUAUCUCCAGAUUAUAAUACGGGAGGAAAUACCACUACUCAAAAUAGACCUUAUCAUCCGGAAAGAUCGAUGGAUCUCUCUAAUCCCGGGGGAUCUUCUGAUAAACCGAAUACUGUAAUUCCACAAAUAUAUGUGUACACCGGGAUUAUAGGAGCAUCGACCGAUCUGUCUAAUCCCAAGGAAUCUUCGUUAGGGCAUGAAGGGGUUCAGAUAGGACAGCAUUUAUUGUCCUGUUCAGUGUGUGGGAAAUCUUUCGCCGAAAACCGAGACCUUCUUUUACACCAAAAAACUCACAAGAGUGAGUUUCCUAUCUCGUGUUCGGAGUGCGGGAAAUGUUUCGCUGAGAAAGGAAACCUCCUCAUGCACUGGAGAAUUCACACAGGCGAGCGUCCUUUUUCGUGUACGGAGUGCGGGAAAAGUUUCAUUCAAAAGGGCAAUCUUAUUGCACACCAGAGAAUUCACACGGGCCUGCGUCCUUUUUCAUGUUCAGAGUGCGGGAAAUGCUUCACUACAAAAGCGGACCUUCUUAAACACCACAGAAGUCAUACGGGCGAGCGUCCUUAUUCGUGCUCAACGUGCGGGAAAUGUUUUACUGCGAGCGGAAACCUCAUUAGACACCAGAGACGUCACACAGGUGAACGCCCCUUUUCGUGUCCAGAGUGCGAGAAAGGUUUCCCUGAUAAAGAAAGCCUUCUUAAACACCAGAAAACUCACACAGGUCUGCGUCCUUUUUCAUGUUCGGAGUGCGGGAAAUGUUUCACUGCGAAAGCUGACCUCCACCGACACCAGAGGAGUCACACAGGUGAGCGUCCGUUUUCGUGUUCGGAGUGCGGAAAGUGUUUCACUACAACUGGAAGCCUCCUUGUGCACCAGAGAAUUCAUACAGGGGAGCGUCCUUUUUCGUGUUCGGAGUGCGGGAAACCUUGCAUCACGAAAGGAGACCUCCUUCAACACCAGAGGAUUCACACGGGCGAGCGUCCUUUUUCUUGUUCAGAGUGCGGGAAAUGUUUCACUACGAAAGGAAGCCUUCUUAUACACCAGAGAAGUCACACAGGCGAGCAUCCUUUCUCGUGCUCGGAGUGCGGGAAACGUUUUAAGCAAAGAGGAAAUUUUCUUAGGCACCAGAGAAGUCACAUAGGCGAUCGUCCUUUCUCGUGCUCGGUGUGCGGGAAAAGUUUCAAACAGAAAGGAAAUUUUCUUAAACACCAGAAAGGUCACACAGAUGAGCGUCCUUAUUCAAGUAGUGCUGACUUGAUCCCACACUCACACAUGGCUCCAUAGAACCAAUUUAAUGGGCAAGUAUGGCAAUACGUCGACGACGUUUCUUUUUUUUUUUUUUUGAAUGCCGUACCUUAUUGUUUUUCCUUCGUAUGAAGUAGAUGGGUUUUCAUUGGUCCAAUCAAUGUAUAAUUGUAACUUUGACAUAUUUUUUUGUAGUUAACCAAUGUGAGGAUUAGACUUGAAGUAGCCAUACAAUUGUGUGUUUGUUUUAGGAUAGCAAAACGCAUAGCAACAGGCUUCCAAAGGCGAAGAUAAAGCAAAAAUUUGCUCCGCCAAGCCUUGUUUAGUCCAAGUUUGUGAACAAAAAGUCCCUUGUUUUGGGUAAAGUUCCUUUUUAGAACGACAGCGGCCCAUUCACAAGAUCCUUUCCCACUGGAAAACGUUCAGCAAGCCUUUAGCUCCCCCAGGUCCACAUGUCUCUUUGACCCACAGCAUGGUAACUGCGGUGGUAAUUGCGGAACCCAUGGGAAAGACCAAAACCUGGUUCAAUAUUGAGUACAGCGGUCCAUUCACAAGAUCCUUUCCCACUGGAAAACGUUCAGCAAGCCUUUAGCUCUCCCAGGUCCACAUGUCUCUUUGACCUACAGCAUGGUAGUUGGGGUGGUAAUUGCGGAACCCAUGGGAAAGACCAAAACCUGGUUCAAUAUUGAGUACAGCGGUCCAUUCACAAGAUCCUUUCCCACUGGAAAACGUUCAGCAAGCCUUUAGCUCUCCAGGCCGCUUUGAUCUACAGCAUGGACAAGCGGAACCACCAAAACCUGGUCCAAGGGUUUGAGAAUACGCUAUAUUGCCAAAAGUAUUAAGACACCUGCCUUGACAGUCGCAUGAAAUUUAUUGGCUUCCCAGUCUUUGUCCGUAGGGUUCAAUAUUGAGUACAGCGGUCCAUUUACAUGAUCCUUUCCCACUGGAAAAUGUUUAGCAAGCCUUUAGCUCUCCAGGUCCACCAUGUCUCUUUGACCUUCAGCAUGGACCAGCGGUGGUAAUUACCGAACCUGUGGGAAAGAUCAAAACCUG